UCGAAUAUCCCUUUUAACAUCCUCGCCUGCCGGCUUAAUUUUUCGGUUGUCCUCACGGGACAACGAAUCUUUGUUUGUUAUUUUUUAAUGAAACCUUUAACCAAAACACCCCCUAUUUGAUCGAAUCCCGUUCUUUGCUUUUUCCAAUUAUUCUUGGGGAGAGGCAGUCCAAUCUUCCACUCACUUGGGCUCGCUAGUCCUAGUGUAUUCGUCUUCCCGAAGUUCAUGACAAAAGUCACGUGACGAUUUAUAGAUUCUCACUCCGCCGUUAUCGGUUUAUUAUUUCUUGUUGGAAGAACGAGCCGAUAUACGCUGACGUCACAUGAAAUGACUUCACUUUUCAUUUAGACGAAGCCAUGGUGAAUUUGUUACCAGCUCUACGUUAGUCAACAACUUAACAUGAAUUCUGUUAAACGCAUACUGAACUACAGCAAAUUAAAAUCGGAAGCAUCGUACGAAAGUUUGCCUAAUAAACGACCACCCUCAGACUGGCCACAAAGAGGAAAAAUUCAUUUCGAUAAUCUUUCUUUACAAUAUUCCGAGGAUAAAAAUAUUGUUUUGAAGAACUUGACAUUUCGUAUUCGCUCGGGAGAAAAGAUUGGAAUUGUUGGGAGAACAGGAGCAGGAAAAAGUUCUAUAAUUGCUUCGUUAUUUCGCAUGACAGAGCCAACGGGAACAAUAACCAUCGAUGGAGUUGACACUAAGGUAAUAGGUCUUAGUGAUCUACGUAGUAAAAUAUCCAUCAUUCCUCAAGAUCCAAUGUUAUUUACCGGUCCUCUUCGAAGGAACAUCGAUCCUUUCAAUGAAUAUUCGGACGAUCAGCUAUGGCAGGCAAUAGAACAGGUACAAUUAAAAGAAGUUAUUAAUAAAUUGCCCGGGGGAUUAGAUACACAUUUGUCAGAAGGAGGGCGAAAUUUCAGCGUGGGAGAAAGACAGUUAAUUUGUCUUGCCAGAACCAUUCUUCGUGAAAAUAAGAUUCUUGUGAUGGACGAAGCGACAUCCAAUAUAGAUAUUAACACCGAUUUCCGUAUUCAAAAAGUAAUUCGAGACAAGUUCAAAUCUUGUACAGUGCUGACAAUAGCCCAUAGAUUACAUACAGUCAUCGAUUCUGAUAGAGUUAUGGUAAUAUAUACAGGAAGACUACAAGAAUUCGACUCGCCGUAUGCAUUACUGAAGAACGUAAAUGGUACUUUUUAUAAUUUGAUAAAGAACACGGGAGUAACUUCAAUGAAUGAGUUAUACAAAAUUGCUAAGAAUAGAUAUUAUCUUAAAGAAAGUACAGAAAUUACUAAAUUAUAA